UUUCAGAAAAAAAAAAUUCCGACGUGCACGUCGUCUGUACAUCUUCGUGACUUUGAGAAACCAGGAAAAAUCACAAACAGAUUUUGCACAACAUGGCUGCAUCCACACGUGCAGUUUCCUCGUCUGGACUAUCAUUACCAAAAUGGCAAAUUGCCCUGGCAAUUGGGGCUCCAGUAGCACUAGGACUAGGAAUAUGGUAUUAUCGAUCGAGAACAAACAAAACUCGGCUUGCUGACAAGGAAGAUAAGCAAAUCAAGAAAAAUGUGGCAGAUGUUGCUGCUAGUGUGUCGGUGCCAAUUGAAACACAGAAUGAUGCGAAAAAGGUUAAUGGCGUAGAAAAGAAUAUCGAGAAGGUGAAGGAGAGUGUAGUUCCUGUUGUGGAAGAAGAAGAAGAUCCUUUCAAACGGGCUCAAACCUAUAAGAACAAAGGCAACAAGUAUUUCAAAGAGGGCAAAUAUUCAGAUGCAAUUAAAUGUUAUCAGCAGGCCAUUGAUGUUUGUCCGAAGGAUAAAAUUCAGGAUGUAUCUACUUUCCAUCAAAAUCGUGCAGCUGCCUUUGAACAAUUGAAAAAUUAUGAAGCAGUAAUCAGGGAUUGCAGUGAAGCACUUAAGUAUAACAGCAAAUAUGUCAAAGCCUUACACAGAAGAGCAAAGGCAUAUGAAGUUACUAAGCAGUUGGAGUCAUGCCUGGAAGAUAUUACAGCUGUAUGCAUUUUGGAGGCUUUUCAGAAUCAGUCAUCAUUGCUGAUGGCUGAUAGAGUACUUAAAGAACUCGGAAAGGAGCACGCCAAAGAAGCCAUGAUGAACCGACAGUCAGUCAUUCCGUCUAAACAUUUUGUCAACACUUUCAUGUGUUCUUUCGCCGAAGACCCCGUUUUUAAUCUAUUAAAACGAGAGCCGCAACAAGAAACAGAUGAAGAAAAGGGUGCUUUUGCCAAAGCCUUAGACAAAUUAAAAGAUAAAGAAUUCGAUAACAUCAUUGAACUGUGUACUAAUGAGCUCGAAACUGAAUCGAGUGAUAUCGCAACCAAAAGGCUUGCAAGGCUUUUAAGAGGAACCUUCCUAUCUUUGCUGGGUGAACAUGUGAAGGCCUUGGAGGACUUGUCUGAAGUCUUCAAUGACCCUGAUGCAGACCCACAGGUUAGGGUGAAUGCUCUUGUGAAACGCGCAACCCUUCGAAUGCAACUUGGUUCACCAGAAGAAAGUUUACACGAUUUAUUGAUGGCUGCAGAACUAGGUCCCGAAAAUGCCGAUGUCUUUCAUCACAGAGGACAGGUUUACAUGUUGCUGGAUCAAGCAAAUGAAGCCAUUAGCGACUUUGCCAAAGCUGUGUCUUUGAACAGCGAUUUCCCCAUCGCCCUCGUUCAGAAAUUAUACACAGAUUACAGGGCUGCAGUGGCGAUGAGCAAUGCCCAAAAAGUCGUUGCAGCUUUGACAGCUUUCGAAGACGCUAUUCGCAGAUUCCCAUCUUGCCCAGAAUGCUACCUCCUCUACGCCCAGGUAUUGAGCGAUCAGCAAGAAUUUCAAAAGGCAGAUGAGUACUUUAUGAAAGCGCUUGAGGUUGACCCAGAGAAUGCCACUGCAUAUGUUCAUAGAGGUCUGCUCCAGCUGCAGUCGGCAGGUAAUGUUGAAUUGGCAACUAAACUAAUCGAAGACGCCAUUCGAAUGGAUAACAAGUGUGAAUUUGCUUACGAGACCCUUGGUACUAUCGAAGUCCAGCGGGGAAAUCUCAGACGAGCUAUCGAGCUCUUUGAUCAAGCGAUUCCCUUAUCAAAGACCGAGGCAGAAGUGUCUCAUCUCUUUUCGUUAAAGGAUGCAGCUUUGGCCCAGCUUAAAGUGGCACUUAACCUUGGAGUCACACUACCGUCACCGAUGAACUGAUAUGGAAACCAUUCGAAAAUGAUUAUUGACUAUUUUUCCUAAUUCCCUGUAGACUUUUCGUCUUUCAAAACUUGAUAUGGAAAUCGACCUUAAAACGCAAAUUUAGCUUGAAUAACAGUCACCGUCUUGAUCGUCAGGGUUUGUUUUGUAAAAUGUGGGUAGUAAGAUUUAUAAUAAAAUAAAGAAGAAUAAAA